AUGGUCCAAUUGGUCGAGCCCAAUUGGACUCUCGACAGACCAUUUGACAGCUCUAGCUCCUCCUCUAUAGAUUCCAUUUUGAAGUUUCUGCGGAAGAAUCGUUUCACGAGAGCUGAAGCUGCGUUGAUUAGUGAGCUUUCCAACAACAACUCAACCUCAAAUGGUGUGAAAAGCAAGGUCUUUGAUAAGAAGCAAGGCCGAGACAAGAACCAAGUUUCUGAUGAAUUGGUUGUCAAAGAGAUACAAUACGGAUCCGCCACUGAGACUCAUCAUCAGCAAAUGAAUGAUGUUUCUUUUCAGACAGAAAAUCUCUCUGGUGUUAAUAACUCAUUAUGGGAGGACAGGUUCACUUUCUCUGAAAGUUUAGUAGAUACGGAGCUUGAUUUACCCCCAUGGAACCAUGCUGACUCUGAGGUGUACAAUAUCGAUCCAAGUAUAAGAAGCUUUGUGAAUCCAAGAAGCUCAAAACCAUAUAGUCAUGACAAGGUUCCUAGCCAGGUAUAUCAGCAUGACCUUGGCAAAGCAUCUCCAUCCCUGGAAGAUGAUAGUAUGGCUGCGAUACAAGAAGGAUUUAUCACCACGUCAUGGCCAAGAAGCGAAGAGCGCGCUGGUGUUUCAUCAGACCAAUGGAAGGACUGUUCUGUUACUACUGUUUAUCCGUUGUCCAAAGGAAGCACGUCAACGAAGGAUGUUGGUGUGCCCGUUAUAGACAAAAGGCAAGGGAUGAAAAAGGUUGGCGCGUCGAGUGGUUCAAAGGUUUUUAUUAAUGAGCAGGAAGAUGAUGAUGUGGAAACAGCUUUAUACCUUGGAAAGUCACAUUCUGGCUAUGAAGCUAAGAAUCUUAGCGGCUUUGAAUUUUCGCUGGCUCAUGAUGGUGUGAGGGAAGACUUACCAAGGCUGCCGCAUGUGAGAAUCAAGUCAGAGGAUAAAUCAAUGAACUAUACUUCGGAAGAAAAACAUGAGCGAGACGUUUUGGACGAGAAGCUGAGCAAUACUGAGAACGGUUUCUUUAUAGGUUCUUAUCUAGAUGUUCCUAUUGGACAAGAAAUUCAUUCAUCAGGGGGCAGAGUAACUGGGGGAGGAAACUGGUUAUCUGUAAGUCAGGGUCUAACAGAAGAUGCAUCUGACUUGAUUUUUGGCUUUGGCAAUGGACUAGGUGAUCUCGCUGAACAUUCAAAUGAGUAUUGGGACUCUGAUGAAUAUGAUGACGAUGAUGAUGCUGUCGACUAUCCAAGCGAAAAUGAUAAAGACACAGAGCCUGGAAGUGUUCCGGAUACGCAGGAUAAAAGUCAAACCAAGAAUGAUGAUGAGCAUUCAUUUGCUGAGGAGGAUUCCUAUUUUUCCGGUGAACAAUAUGUGCUAUCAAAAGGCGUUGAGCCAGCAACAGCUUCAGAUGAUCCGAUGGGUCUCUCGAUUGUUGGGUCCCUCCUAGAUGGAGAGGACCAAUUGGGGUGA